GCCCCGCCCGGCCCCGCUCGGCUCCGCUCGGCUCCGCUCGCCGCCCCUCGCCUCCCUUCGGCUCCGCUCGGCCCCGCUCGGCCCCGCUCGGCUCCCGGCGGCGCUGCGGCAGGAUGCGGGGCUGCGGCGCGCUGCGGGGGCUGCUGGCGCUGCUGCUGCUGCUGCUGCCCGGCACCGCCACCGGCACCGCCACCGCCACCGCCACCGCCACCGGCACCGGCACGGGCAGCGGGCCGGCCGGGAACUUCCUGGAGGACGAGCAGUGGCUGUCCUCCAUCGCGCAGUACGGCGGCCGCAUCCGGCACUGGAACCGCUUCCGAGACGAGGUGGAGGUGAGAGCGGGGAGGGGGUGCGGUGCG